AUGGAGAAGGUCGCCGUGAUCGCCAAGAAGGUUUGGUGUCUUCGCAAAAGCAUCGUGGUCUGCUUGGCCCCUCUAGUCUUCUCACCAAUCCUCUUCACCACGCCUCCCAAGGAGGGAAGAUGCCUGUAUGUGAUUCUACUCAUGGCGAUGUACUGGUGCACAGAAGCUUUGCCGAUCGCUGUGACAUCCCUGCUUCCCAUGAGCCUCUUUCCCCUACUUGGUAUUUUACCAUCUUCCAAAGUCUGUCCUCAGUACUUUCUCGACACCAAUGCUCUCUUCUUGAGUGGCCUGAUCAUGGCAUUGGCGAUUGAGGAGUGGAACUUGCACCGUCGAAUAGCAUUGGCUGUCCUUUUAUUUGUGGGAUUGUCUCCAUCCAUGCUUAUCCUGGGGAUGAUGAUCACCACAUGCUUUCUGUCAAUGUGGCUUAGUAACACCGCCACUACUGCCAUGAUGAUGCCAAUAGCCAAUGCAGUGCUCCAAAGCUUAUUUGGCAGUAUGGAAGUUACUCCGAGGUCUGAUAAUACUUCAAAAGAGUCAUUACCUAAUGAGACAUCAUGUUUUAUCAGUGAUGACAGCAGCAGCCAUCCACAGAAGUUGGAGACUGAUGUCAGCUUCACACCAGUCCAACAGAGGAAGGAGAAGGAAAGCCAGAAGAGACUGUGGAAGGGCUUCCUUGUCUGUAUACCUUAUGCUGCGAGUAUUGGAGGCACAGCCACAUUGACUGGGACAGCACCAAACCUGCUUCUACUUGGGCAGCUGAAAACGUAUUUCCCUGGUUGCAACAUGGUGAACUUUGCAUCCUGGUUUAUGUUCUGCUGUCCUGUAGCGAUCCUGUUCCUGUUUGCCGGCUGGCUGUGGAUUGCUUUCCUAUAUGGAGGACUCAAUCCAAGGUCAUGGAGUCAGAAGAAAGCCAAUAACACUGAGUCUCAAGCCAGGGUGAGAGCUAGAAUACGGAGCGAUUAUGAAAAGCUGGGGCCAUUAACGUUUGCAGAAUGCGCUGUUUUGGUUUUCUUUGCCUUCUUUGUGGUUCUGCUUCUCACGAGAGAUCCAAAAUUCAUCCCUGGAUGGGCCAGUAUUUUCCCAAAAGGAUAUGUGUCAGAUGCAGUGACUGGAAUAACAUUUGUUCUUGCGUUAUGCUUCUUUCCAUCUCAAAAGCCUUCAUUGAAGUGGUGGUUUGAUCCGAAAGCCUCAGGAAAAAUGAAUCCACCACUGCUAAACUGGAAGAAAAUUCAGAAAGAUUUACCUUGGAAUGUGGUCCUACUACUCGGAGGGGGAUUUGCAAUAGCAAAAGGGUGUGAGACUUCUGGACUGUCCAUCUGGAUUGGCAAUCAACUUCAGCCGAUGGUGUACAUCAAGCCAACCGUAGCUAUUAUCCUGAUCUGCUUGUUGAUAACAUGUUUUACUGAGUUUGCCAGCAACACUGCUACAAUUGUAAUCAUGUUACCAAUCGUGGCUGAAUUGGCUUUGCACAUGAGGGUGAAUCCCCUCUAUCUGAUGGUCCCUGCAACUGUUGCAGGUUCCUAUGCUUUCAUGCUUCCAAUAUCAACACCUCCAAACUCAAUUGCUUUUGCUACGGGCAACCUAAAGGUUAUUGAUAUGGUGAAGUCUGGGAUCAUCAUGAAUUUUUUGGGGAUCUUUCUGCUGUUGCUGGCCAUAAAUACCUGGGGUCUGUAUGUGUUCGAACUGUCCACUUAUCCUGACUGGGCCAGAAUCCACACACACAGCACCCAGAAUGCCACCAUGAUCUCUCUGAAUGGAACCAUGUAA